AACAGGCAUUUAUUCAAUGAAACCAAACCCAUAAGCAGACUUAUCAUAGUAACUUUACAAUAGUAAAGCAACACUAAGCCACAAGAAACUUGUAAGAGACAUCUAUUUGGACAAAUUUGGGAAAAAAGUUGAACAGGAUGUGCUGAAAGCAAAUUAUAUACUGAAAGGUAAACCAAUGUGGACAGGUGCAUUCACAUAGCUAAGUUAUCAAAGAUUUAAAGAACUCAGGACUUGUAGGUUGGCCUAAUACAAACCCCUAAAAGUACAUGAACAAAAUAGAAGAAAGAAGGGGAGGGAACAAGAAUACUAUUAUGUCCAGAUUCAAGGUUCUUGCAGUGACAAUUCCAAAUAAAUGCAGUGUCUAAGCUUGUAAGUGGUUGCAAUCCAACUUAGUGGUUCCCAAAAGGCAACAAGGGAAGCUUUUUCCCCUGUUGACAGGACAAGAGGUAUCAGAUACUCGAGUUGAGAGACAUUGUCCUUUUGCAUAUACAACUAAAUCGAAGAGAUGAUCCAGGUAAGAUAAAAGAAAGACAAUAAGGUCCCAAGGGAAGUAACUGAGCCUCUGUCCCUUGCAGAUAUAUGUGCCUGUAGGUCUAUAAGUUUCCUGUAGUGCAGAGAUGCUAUUAAAUGAGAUUAGAGCAAGUGGCACAGUUUAAGCUGUUUCACUUUUCUUUCUUUUGGAGGAUAACCUUAUCCUCAUGACUUGAUGUCCCUUUACAAGGUCUACCUUGUAGACAUACCAAGAUAGAGAAUAAGCAUUAGAGCAAUUCUACAUAGAGUGCAUGAAUCAAUGCACUUAUUUGUUCUUUUUUUUUUUUUUUUCUGUUUGUUGGUAUUAUCUAUAUUUCUUGUCUAUUUUUAACACCAAAAAAUUGGUAAGCAUGUGGGUGUAUAUGUGGGUAUGUGUGUGUUCUUAUUUACACUUGGGAUUUCGGCUCGCUUAAUUUUUUUUUAUAGGAAGUUUUAUCUCUCUCUCUCUCUCUCUCUCAGCUUUGUUUUCUGCUUUUAUUUGCUAUUAUUAUCUUGCUUCAUUACUUCAGAGGGCUUCCUCUUGUCGUGGUCUAUAUUAAUUUGUUGCAUUCUCUUUGAUUUUCCAUAAGGAAGUAGCUAGAUUAGAGGGGUAACUAAGAUCUCUGGCCCUCAAGUAAUUGGGACAUUAUGGGUCAUUGUUGUUGUUGUUGUUGUUGUAUUUCUUCUAAUAGAAACCUCUGGUUAAAUAUGUUACAGUUGACAUAAAAUAUUUUGUUGUCGUUUGUUAAGAAAAUAUGCAAAUCGGGAAUCCAUAAGAAAUAAAGGAACUCUUUUUCCUCUUUGGGUUGCAUCCUUUAUUUGAUUUGGCUUCGAGUGAUGAUCUCAAAAAAAAAAAAAAAAGAACUACUAGUGUAUUACAAUUUAGAAUCAAAGAGUAUGACAUUUAAGCAAUUUAGUUCCAUGAACACAGUCAUUUCUAGCUUAGCAGUCAUGUCUACAUUUAGAAUAAGGAAAGUCUGAGUUAUCAAAACAAUAAUCAAUUUUGAUGAAACACCAAAGAUGGAGAAUAUAAGAAUGUUCAUGUUAGUAAAUAAAACAAUCUCCUGCUGGGAUGGGUGUCAUCAUUUUUAUUCUUUUUUUGAGAACUAUUUAGUUGUAUAGAGUAGGUGAAAAAGAGAUGCAUACUGGAAAUUCAUUAUGAUGGCAUAUUUCUAUAAAUCUUGUUCACUGUUGGAAAUGAUUGGCCUCUCCUGUCAGAAGUUAUUUUCCCCUUUUAAAGAGCCUGUGCAAGCAAUUCUACACAUUCUGAGGGCAAAAAGUUAAAGCUGCAAUAGGAGGAAAUAGCACUUUUGGCAACUUGUCUAUUCAUGAUGAGGAUCCUAAGGGAUGAAAAAUCCAAAGCUCCCCAUGUCACCUUGCCUUAUCCACUUUGGAAUAUUCUGGAUCUUCUUGUCUCUAGUUAUAUGAUUGAAGUAGAAGGGCAGAAGAAGGAGAAAAGGAGUGAAAAAAUAGGGUUCUUAUGCCCCACAUAACAUGGCACACCCGAAAUGGAAAAUCCAUGUUCAUGAACUUGAGAUAGAUAAACUAAAAACCAAUUGGAUCAUGUUCAGAACCUUCACUUUCAACUAGGGUUGUGGGAAUCCAUGGGCUCUAUACAGAAGCUUCCUGUUCUUCCCUCCUUGUAUGGAGAUUAAUUCCCAGAAAAAUAGAUUAUGGAACCUACCAUUAAUAAUAAUUGUCUGUUUUUUUAUUCUAGUCAGAUGGUCUUCUUGUUGAAGAUAGGGAGGUGAGAAAGCUCCUCCACUUCAGAUACUGAUUGUCCUAACAUAAGUUGGUUGACCUCUCCAAUGGGUAACUUCAGUUGUUGGCAUUCCUCUACUUUGAAGAAUAUUUUCUCUUCUUUUUAAGUUGUGUUUGGUACAAUCAAUCUCUUACAAAUAUGUAAGACUAAAUUGCUUGUGCUUUGUCUUCAAAAAAUUUCUCAGGCUAGCUACCAGAAGCUGAAAUUAGAUGCCUGUCACAAUUAGAGUUAUCAGUGGUGGUGACACUGAUUUCAUGAGUGACAACAAAUGGAUGUGGUGAUGAGCUUUUAUUUCCAGCUCCAGGUUUCUUAUCCACUUAAGGUAGAAUCAAACAGUUAAAAUUCUCUCUUUUGGAUGGAAGAUUAAGCAGUUAGACUUGAAGCAUCAAUUGUCUAUGUGAAUUGUGAUUUGUGAAAGCUUCUGAUCUUCAUGCAAAACCUAGAAAAAGUGAUUCUUUUAGUAUCUACUUCCAAUAUACAUGCAGAUCAAUACUGUGAGAUGGCUAUAUCAUUUUUUGCUGAUGCUUAUUUUGCUUGUAUGAACCAGAGAUAUCACAAGGGUCUUCCCAAUAGAGAGACCACUUAAAUCUGGUAGGCCUUGUGUAGCCUACUAAUUCCAGAAGCAUAUCAUCUUGACAUCAAUUGGCUCUCCCUCUCAGCUCCCUUGUUUCAAUAAAUCAUACACAAAAUUGGUCCUCUGGUAAUGAGUUCAAUCAAUCAUGUUGAAAAAUAUUCUUUGAAAGUUUUUUUUAUUUUAGAAAUAUUUUAUUCAUCAAUUUUUAUAAAUAAGAGUCACUAAGUAUUGUCAAAAUCCUAAAUAUUUUUCUCUUAAACUCAUUUUUUUUAAUUGAAGUGAAUUAUGUAUAUGCAAUUUUACCCUUUUCUUAUACAUAUUCUGCAAGUGCCUACUUAUUAGGUAUAUGUGUUUAAUGAAUGCAUUAACUUGAAAAUAAGAAAAAAAAGACCUACAGUUAGAGGUAAGCUGAGGGUUUUUUUUUUUUCCCAGUGGAAGGAAAGAGAUAUAGAAUCCAUUUUUUGUGUAUAAUUUUUACUUAAAAAUAGAGGUAGAGGAACUACUAAUGGAAUCCAUAUUUUAGGGUAAGGAAAAGAAUAGAAAAUUGAAGGGAGGAAGCCAAAUCAAGCCCAAGCUGAGCCAGCCAAUUUAAAGGGUUAAUUUUGACCAAUUUUGACCUUAUUCAAAACAAACCCACUGCCGUCCUCGAUAAAUGCCAACCUCAGCUCCCUCCGAUCUCCCAACACGAGAGCGCAAAAGUCUCUCCUUUCGGAGUCUCAAAACUCUUCUCGAGGGAGAAAGAAGGAGAGCAAAGCGAACCACAUGGGUCUUCUCGACCAGCUGUGGGACGACACCAUCGCCGGCCCCCCGCCCCUCCGCAAGCUCCGCAAGUACAACUCCUUCUCCUCCUCCUCCUCCGCCGCCGCCGCCGCUACCGCUGCCGCUGCCGGCCAGGUCAGCCGCAGCAUCACCAUCCUCCGCACCCCGGCCUCCUCCCCCCGCUCCCCCUCCUCGCCGACCAGCGCCCCCGACUCCCCCGUCGCGCCUACGGGGCCGAGAGGAGACUGGAAGAGGCUGCAGAGGAAGUCGGUGCCGGCGGCGGAGGGAAUGCAGACGGUCGAGUCCAGGAACCCCACCGUCUACGACUGGGUGGUGAUAAGUUCCCUGGAGAAGUGACCCUAAUCUGAAAUGGAGGAGAGGAAUCAAAACAUCAAAUGAUGCAAACAAAAGAGUUGCAGUCAGCUUGUGUUUCUUCAUCUGUCUGUAGGAUGUAGAAUUGUGUAGCUGGAAAUGAAGCUACCAAGGGAGAGAGGACAAGGAUAGUAAUGUAGCAAGUAUUCAUGUAUUCUGACCAUGUCACACUGGUUUUUUAUUUUUAUUUUUUUUCCUUUAAAUUCUUUUCCUAUUGACGACCUUCUCCCCAUAUUUUUUUCUUUUUUCUUUGUAAUUUUUAUGUUAUUUCCCAUGUAAAUUGGUGGGUGGUGAUGUAACAUGCAAUGCAAUGCAUGUUAUCCAUAUAUGGCUAAUAUGGAUAUCCAUAUGUAUCUUAUCCGACCCGUCUAAAAUGUGUUAAUUAUUUAAUGAUAAAAUUUGAUCUAGAAUCUUCUAGAAGGUCCUUUUAAACUA